AUGUGUCCCUGGACAAAGUGCAGCCCCUGUACCAGGCAGCCGACCUCCUCCAACUGGACUAUGUGAGAGACACCUGCAGCAGCUACAUGGCCAUGAACGUGGAGCGCUCCACCUGUGUGGACCUGUACAAGUUUGCUGAUGUCUUCUCUGUGGACAUUGUCCAGAAACCUUGUCUGCAUUUGAUCCAUAGAAACUUUGCUGAGGUUGCCUCCAGUGAGGAGUUUUGCAGUCUGAGUGUGAAUCAGCUGACUGAGAUCAUCAGCCACGAUGAGCUGGAUGUUAAAGAGGAGACAACAGUGUGGGAGGCUGUGGUGAGAUGGGUACAGCACAGCAAGGAGGACAGACUGCACCACCUGCCCAGCAUCCUCCCUCACAUCCGCUUCAACCUGCUGACCUCAGAUGACACGACAGCCAUCUUGGAGCAUCCCCUGGUCAGGGAGCAGCCUGGGAGUUCUGAGGUCGUCAGGAAUGUGGUACAGAAAGGGAACCCUGACCUGAAACCGAGGCUUGGAAUGACCACAGAGAUGGCUAUUCUGUGCUUUAGUUUCAAGGAGCUCUUUUUCAUGAACCCUCGUGAAGGGAAGUACAUCAGCUGCAAUUACAAAAUAGAAGACCAUCCUCAUGCCAGAACCAUGACAGUCACCAGUGAUAACAACAUCUACAUCCUGCAAACUGAAGUAUUUGAGGAUGGGAAUCAGUUGUCACUGUUUAAGUACAAACAUAAAGAAAACGUGUGGGAAAAAACAGGUGUGUCCUCUAAUGGACCAGAAGAUGACUUGUAUGAGACACACUUUCAUGAAGUAGACAGGAUUUUAUAUUACCUUGCUGUUAAUCCUGAGGAAGACAGGCCAUUGCUGGAGAUGAAAAAGUACAAUCUGCAGACGAACCAGUGGCAGGACUGUUCACAGCUGCAACUCAGGGAAACUUUAGACCACAGUGCAACAGUGUCCUGUGGUUCACAUCUCUAUUUCCUCAGAAGUGAGGAAGUGCAUCGCUACAACCCAAGUCAGGACAAGUGGAGCAAGCGGACUCCACCGAUCGAUGUUCCUGAUCCCUGUACAGCCGUUGCCAUGGGAAGGGAGAUUUUCUGCAUUGAUUUUGAAUUCACACAGACUAUGAUGUACGACACAGACUCAGACUGCUGGCAGGAACUGCAAGGCUGGCCCAAUCCACGAAACCUUGGUAUGAAGUAUCGUCCAAGUCUUUUUGUAAUGGAAAACCAGCUGCAUGCACUGUUGGACGUUGAUGACCCUGACAGAAAAAGGUCACCAACAGACUGUGCGCAUCACGUGUAUGUGUAUGACAGGUCUGCCGAUGCCUGGAGAGAGUUGAAGGCCACCCUGCCUGAUCUGCCUGAUAAGAAAUAUGGUGUGUAUGGUUCUUGUGCCCCUGUAGCACGAUUGUACCUACCAUAUCUUAAACGGACAUAAAACACAUCACUUUUUA